AUGUCCUCCGAUACAACCAUGCACGCUGUUCAGAUCCCAAAGCAUGGAGACAGCUCUGUGCUCGCAUACGUGUCUGUCCCAAAGCCUGCACCCAAGCCCGACCAAGUCCUUGUUAGGGUCGCCUAUGCCGGCGUUAAUUUCAUUGACACAUACCAACGAUCUGGUCUCUAUCCCCAAACACUCCCUUUCAUCCUUGGGCGUGAGGGCUCCGGAGAAAUCGUCGAAGUCGGACCUGAGGCCAAAGGCGAUUUUAAGGUCGGGGAUCGCGUUGCCUUCAUGGGUCCCGGAAGUUAUGCUGAGUACGAUGCAAUCUCCACAGUCUCGCUUGCAAAGCUCCCUGAUGGUAUUACUCUCGAGAAGGGUGCAGCGCUUCUCCUGCAGGGUCUAACCGCCUGGUCAUUGGUGCGUCAGGCCUAUAGGGUCGAGAAGGACGACUGGGUUCUGAUUCACGCUGCUGCAGGUGGUGUUGGUCUGCUCCUCUGCCAGAUGUGCAAACUUCUGGGCGCCAAUGUCAUUGGAACGACCUCCAACGACGCGAAGUCCAAGCUUGCCAAAGAGAACGGCGCCGAUUACGUUGUGGACUACUCUAAUGGCUAUGACGCUCUUAUUGAAAAGGUCAAUGAGCUGACUGGCAACAAGGGUGUUCAUGUCGUCUUUGAUGGCGUGGGUGCCUCAACUUUUGACGUCAGUUUGAAAGUUGUCCGCCGUCUGGGAACCGUGAUCUCGUUUGGUAAUUCCAGUGGUGCAGUUCCGCCAGUGAAUAUCAUGCGUUUAGCCGAGAAGAACAUUCGGUUGAUGCGUACGACUUUGUUCCAGUACAUCACUACACGCGAGGAAUUCGAUGCUCUCAGCUCAGAGCUGCUCCAAUUGGUGGCGGAGGGUAAGCUGGACUUUGCGAUUCACAAAGUCUACCCGAUCCAAGAUGUGAAGCGCGCCCAUGACGAUCUGGAGAACCGCAGGACCACCGGAAAACUACUGCUCAAGAUUUAA